AGUAAAUGGCUUUUCCGAGUGGCGAGCAGGAGACGCUGCAGCGUAAGCACUGCUGCUUAAUCCAUGAAUUUUACAGAGCAGCAAGCAAAAGCCCUGACAAAAUAGCCAUCAUCCACGCGUCACCAUCUAACCCGUCAGCUAAUGAGGUCCGGAUUGACAGAGAGUUGAUCAACGGUGGGAAUCCUCCGGUGUAUAAAGGCGACCGGUGUUUCACUUUCGCUAACCUUUUAGCGUCCGUUGAAUGUCUCAGUUUUCGUAUAUGUUCCGUUCUUGAUGGUGCUGAUGAUCGUUACUUGAUUAAACCCCAAACCUCAGGUGAUAACUCCAAUGGCAAGCAUCCUCAGUCUGUUCAAAUGUCGGAAGCUUCAUUGGAUUUCAUUCGAGGAGUUUGUCAACAUACUGACCUUGAGAAUAUGUAUGUACCAAAGAUUGUUGCACUUUUUAUGCCACCUUCAGUGGAAUACGUAGUUUCUGUUCUUUCUGUUUUGAAGUGUGGGGAGGCUUUCUUGCCUGUUGAUCCUGCAUGGCCGAGAGAUAGAAUAUUGUCGGUUUUGGAUUCUUUAGAUGCUGCUCUUGUUGUCACUUGUGGAUCUUCACUUGUGAAAAGUGGUAGUGAGCUGGUUGAUCAAUUAGAUUGGCUCUUAGAAUGCUGCAGUUGUCCUAUCAUGCGCUUUUCUAUGGAGGCAAGUAUUGAACCGCAUAAAAGUCAAUCAAGUCUAGCAUGGCCUUGUGAAAAUGAAAGAAAAAGAUUGUUUUGUUAUCUAAUUUACACUUCAGGAUCUACGGGAAAGCCUAAAGGUGUAUGUGGCACAGAAGAAGGUCUUUUAAAUCGCUUUCUGUGGAUGCAAGAAUUGUAUCCCAUGCAAGGAGAGGAACUUUUGUUAUUCAAGACAUCAAUAAGCUUUAUUGAUCAUCUGCAAGAAUUUCUUAUUGCUGCUCUUACUGCUUGUACGCUGGUCAUACCUCCUUUCACUGAGUUAAAACAAAAUGUUUUUUCUAUCAUUGAUUUUCUCCAGGCAUACAGCAUUAAUAGGCUCACAGCUGUUCCGUCACUUAUGAGGAUGAUCCUUCCUGCCAUGCAAAGUCAACAUGAUAUUCGUAUUUCAAGUUCUCUGAAGUUGUUAGUUCUAAGUGGUGAAGUCCUACCCUUAUCCUUGUGGAACGUGCUUUCCAAUUUGUUACCCAAAACCUCUAUUCUGAAUUUGUAUGGGAGCACAGAGGUAUCUGGAGAUUGUUUAUAUUUUGACUGCAAGGGGUUGCCUUCGAUUUUGGAGAUGGAGAAACUAACAAGUGUUCCAAUUGGUUUGCCUAUUUCUAAAUGCAGUACUGUACUUAUUGGUGAAACCGGUAAUUCUAAUGUCGGAGAAAUAUGCGUUAGAGGUGUAUGUGUUUCUACUGGUUACCUUUUUGAAAAUGCUAUUAUACCUUUGAACAAUGCAAAGUUGCACCAGAAUUCAAUUUGCAAGUGUUCUAUGGUGGAGUGUGGAGGUCAGAUAUAUUUUAGGACUGGUGAUUUUGCUCACCUGUUAUCAAGUGGUGACUUGGUUUUCCUGGGGAGAAAGGACCGUACCAUAAAAGUUAAUGGCCAACGCAUUGCUUUAGAAGAGUUAGAAGAUACAUUAAGGGGGCUUAAUGAUGUUGUUGAUGCUUCUGUUAUUUCUCAAAAGGACCAGGGAGACAAUGAAUUCAUUGUAGCAUUCAUAUCAUUAAAAGAGAAGGUAAAGUCUGCUGAAAUAGUUAAAACAUCCAUCAGAAACUCGAUGAUCAAUAAAUUUCCUUCAGUGAUGGUUCCUAGUAGGUAUGUUUUUUUGGAAUCAUUGCCAAUGUCUGCCAGUGGAAAAGUAGACUAUGCACAGUUGACAGACUCAAUAUUCUCCACCAGUCAUGUUAAGGAUGAGAUAGGUGACAUUGGGGCUAGCAAUCUCAUGCAAAUUAUAAAAAAGGCUAUUUGUGACGCUUUAAUGGUGGAAGAUGUUUCAGAUGAUGAUGAUUUCUUUAUGAUAGGUGGUAACUCCAUCACUGCAGCACAUGUUUCUCAUAAUCUUGGGAUUGAUAUGAGAUUGCUGUAUACCUUUUCAACUCCAGCUAAGCUCGUAAUUUCCCUCCUAGAGAAAAAUGUAUUAAAUAAUACAAAAUUUGGAGUCAAUGAUAUCCCAGAAUCAACAAUUGAACCAGACAAGGUGAAUCGAUUUUCUUUUCCUGAAUCUGAAACUCCUGAUCCCCUUGGCUCAAAGCUACAAGGACAUUUGUCAUUGAUGCCUCAUGAAAGGAAUGAUGAUCAAGCUGAUCAGUCUAAACGUUUGAAGGUCGAUUUAAAUAAAUAUUAUGUUCUGGAGCCCAUUGAUUUGUUCUGUGGAUAUCCAUGGAACUCUGCACCAAUGCGCGACUCAUUUUCAUUUAGUCGCUGCAACAAGGUUAUGCAUGAAGGUGGACAGGUGGUCAAUGGUACCUGGCAAGCUCAGUUAGUGGAAGUUUCAAGAACUAGAACAGGAUAUAUGCAAGAACUGUGGAAAGUUAACAUGGAGGCAUGUGUUGAUGCCUCACCACUUGUUGUGUUCAAUGAUUCUGAUAUUUAUUUAUUUGUUGGAUCGCACUCAUACAAGUUCCUCUGCAUUAACGCCAAAAGUGGUUUUAUCCAGUGGGAAACCAAACUGCAAGGACGAGUUGAAGGUUCUGCAGCAAUUGUAGCAGACUUCUCUCAGGUGGUUGUAGGUUGCUAUGAUGGGAACAUAUAUUUUCUUGAGCUUUUAAAUGGCAACAUCUGUUGGACUUUCCAUACAUCUGGCGAGGUGAAAUGCCAGCCAAUUGUGCAUGCACAUAGGGGAUUGAUCUGGUGUGGAUCACAUGACCAUAACUUGUAUGCUCUUGAUUAUAGAAAUAAGUGCUGUGUAUAUACGCUUCCUUGUGGUGGUAGCAUUUUUGGGUCACCUGCAAUUGAUGAGACACAUGGUGCACUUUAUGCAGCAUCUACUAGUGGCCGUGUGACAGCUAUAUCAAUUAAGGAAAUGCCCUUUUGUACUUUGUGGUUACAUGAACUUGAGGUGCCAGUGUUUGGGUCACUUUCUGUCAGUUCACCACAUGGAUAUGUCAUUUGUUGCUUGGUGGAUGGUCAUGUUGUUGCAUUGGAUUCUAGUGGAUGCAUUGUUUGGAAGUGGAAAACUGGUGGUCCAAUAUUUGCUGGAGCUUGCAUAUCUUCUGCGCUUCCUUCUCAAGUGCUAAUCUGUUCCCGAAAUGGAAGUGUGUAUUCCUUUGAAAUGGAGAAAGGUGAACUGCUCUGGGAAGUGAAUGUUGGAGAUCCAAUCACCGCAUCUGCUUAUGUUGAUGAGAACUUACAGUUGGUUUCAAAUGAUCCGUCCAUUUCAGUUGACAGAUUGGUUUGUGUUUGUACUAGCUCUGGAGGCAUAUUUUUGUUUCGAAUCAACUUGGACGAAGGGACCGGAGAUCAUCGAAAAAAAUAUGUGGUGCAGAAAUUUGCAACGCUUAAGCUGGAGGGGGAUGUGUUUUCAUCACCUGUGAUUAUUGGAGGCAGAAUUUUUGUUGGUUGCAGGGAUGAUUAUUUGCACUGCAUUGCUGUGGAAACUUGAAAUUUAGGGUGCAUUCUUCGUUGUGGUGGGAAAGCCAAAAGUGUUUUUUCACUGCAAAAGCAACAAAGAAUACUCGUCUUUUUGAGUCAAAACUAUUGUUAAAAAAUUGUUUAAAGGCAAAAACUAAGAUUUAAGUAUUUUUGCCUUUCACAUUUGGAAGUAAAAAUUAUUAAAAUAUCGUUAUUUAUAUUAACUAUUUAAAAAUAUAUAAAAAUUAGAUUAUUUAUAUUUUA